AUGGCCACAGACGACGAGGAUGAUCGUCGUAUUCUCGAGGCGGAGCUGGAGGCCGAGCUCCAAGCGCAAAUGGCCGAAGGAUUUGUGGAAGAGAACGCCGUAAGACGUAGCAGGUCGGCGUCGCUGCGCCGCAAGGGCAGCCAGUCUGCCCUCCGCGCCGCCGCGGAGCAGCAUUCGCCGCCCAGCAGGGGCGCGGCUGGCGCGGCCGCGGCCGCGGACGUGGCCGAUGACGGCGGCGCAUGCUUGGGCGGCGGCGGCGGCAAGGGCGGCCGCCUGCCCAAGUGGAAGCGGCGCCACGGGCGGCGCGGGCGCGGGGAUGGCAAUAAGAAGAAAGAGCAGGAGAUCCACAAAGCCCGGGCUUUCAAGGAGCUGGACACGACAAUGGAAGUCCUGGGGAUCCACGAUCUGCCUAAGAACCAGCAAUCCCUCAGCAGCGUCCUGUCUGGCGGACUGCCAGAUAAGCAGGGCAGCUGCACGAUCCUGAACUCGCCAGGCUGGGGCACCCCCUGCUUCCCAGACGCCUCCACGGUGGGCACGCCCCGCGGCGCCGCCGGGGACGCCGUCGGCGGCGCCGCGGGCGCAGCGGCGGCAGGCUACGGGUGCGCGUCGCCGGCGGGCUCCACGGCCAGCGGUGCUGACGUGGCGGCGGCGGUGGCGUCUCUGGGGACGCACCUGCAGCAGGAGCAGCAGCAGCAGCAGCAGCAGCAGCAGCAGCAGCAGCAGCAGCAGCAGCAGCAGCAGCAGCAGCAGCAGGGCGGGGCCGUUGGCGGCGCUGGCGCUGGCGGCGACACCCCAAUGCGCUCUCCAGCGGAGGGCCUGCUGCUGCGGAGCGCCCACCAGCAUCCGGAGAUGUGGCAGCGGCGGCGGCAGCAGCUGCGGCAGCAGCGACAGGAGCAGCAACAGCGGCAGCAUCGCUCCAAGAGCUACAAGGCGCUGCUGCUGCAUGGCGACCGCAGCGGCGCGUCCUCCGCCGGCCGCCGCCAGCACAGCAACCCCCGCCACCGGCGCACGAGCAGCAGCGGGCUGGGGUCGCCGAUGCACCCCGGCAGCGGCGGCGAUUGCAGGGGCGGCGGCGGCAUGGUCGGCAGCGGCAGCAGCGGGUGCCUGGGGCCGGAGCACUCGCGAGAGGAGCUGCAGGUCGUCAGGAGCCGGUGGCACGAGGCCCUAGACAGCGUCCUGGGGGGCGCCAUGUCGGAGGACGACCUGCUAGUGGCCCUGCAGGAGGCCACCGGCAAGGCGGCGGACCUGUCUGUUGAGAUAGCGGAGCAGACCGCCGCCGCCGCCGCCCUGGCCGGCUGGCGGGAGCGGGAUGAGAUGGCGACCUACCUGGAGGUCGCGUUUCGUCGCGCCAAGGAGAUCACGCGGGGGCUGCGAACACACAACGAGCUGCUGCAGAGCUUCGACCUGGGGGGGCAGCUGAGUGACAUCAUCGCGCAGCUCCAGCCCGCGCUGCUGCGCCUCGCGUCAGCGCUUGCCGCCAGCGUCGCCGCCGGCUUCCGGGCCGCCGCCGGCCCCGGCGACGACGCCGCAGCCGCCGCCGCCGCGCCCUCGACCCCCGGCGGGCCGGCAGCGGCGCGGCCCUGGGGGGAGGAGGAGGUACGCAUGGCGUUCCGCGUCGCGCGCAAGGCGGUCGAUCUAAUGCAUGAGAUCGACGCCCGCGCGGCCGGCAACAGCAAGCGCUUCCCCGAGCUCGCGGCGUCGUUCGACGAAUCGCACCGCGAGGCGGCCGCCGCGGCGCUCGCGCUCGUGUCGGCGGCGGCCGCGGCCGCGGCCGGCCUGCAGCGGGAGCGUGGCCGAGCUGGGAUACAACCGGGUGGCGAGAUAUUUUGA